GACAGACAGAGAGAGAGGAGGAAGGGAAGCAGACCCAGAGUGAGGGAGAGCGAGAGCGAGCGCGGCUGUCACUGACAGGCGAGCGGCUGCUGCUGCUGUUCUUGUGGUGGAGCACAGCUACCGGAGCGAAGGGGGGGUGGGGAUCGCUCGGCUACAUCCUGAGCCUCCUCCACCGUACUGUAAAAAACCUGGUCCGCUUCGUUUCUCACCUUCUUCUUGUCUGGGUUCGGUCGUCUUUCUCCCGCACGCCGACUGGAACGGCGAACAUUCCUGCUCAUCUGUUGCCGUGGCAAUGGGCUGCAGGCUGUCAGGGCCGUUGUACGGGGAUGGAAUGGGGGUCAGCAGCCGGGAUCUCAGCCACAUCCGCAAGAGAGACGCCCUGCGCAUCCUGGCCAGCUAUGAGCAGCCAAUCAUGCUGCAGAUUGAAGGGCGGCGAGGCCGGGGCCUGCAUCUGCACCGGACGUCCGACUGCAGCACGCAGACAGAGCGACCUUGGGACCCCCUCAGGGGGCUGGGCUGCGGGGUGGCGGCCACCAUGCCCCGGAACCACCCUUACCCAGACAGGAUCUACUACAAUCACAUGAGCCUGCCUCGUGACCUGCGAGAGGGGGCCAGGUACGAGUACCUGCCGAACGCGCCACGAGACGUGGAGGACAGGCAGCGCCUUGAGUACCAGGACCCUCAGAUGGCCAGCAGAGUGCCCCCAGGAAAGAACUGCUUAAUUGGCUGCUGCAACACCAACCUGGAGGAGCCAAGCAGCUUCCAAAGCCAGACUGAGGAUGAAGACUUUGUGCAAGACAAGCAGGUGGGCUACCUGCCCCUGCACCACGAGCUGGACAGCGGCCUAGGGUGGACAGACGGGAGCUUCCACCAGGGGGAGCUCUCGGGUGUGGAGACGGAGGAGGGCCUGGAGGAGUGCCACGCCCACAUGGGAGGCGGCGGAGGAUCCCCUUCCUCCGAGUCGUUUAUCUCUUCCGAGCUGAGUGACUCAGGAUUCUACAGCGUCAGCACGGGGGAGUUCCUCCGCUUCCAACGACUCCUGGAGAAGCGCAUGCGCCUCUACAACGCCCGCAUGCAUCACCAGGGGGAGCUGUGUGCACGGGAGCGCCGCGACAGCCAGAAGUUGCACCGCGAGCUGGAGGCCAUCCCCGAGGCCCUGACGGUCCAGCCACAGAACCACUUCGGACAGGCCGUAGACGGCCCUGCGGUCGGCCCGCGCGGCCUGUUCCGGGUGUCGUCGGUGCAGUUCCGGAAGGCGGAGCGUCCGUGCCUGAACCGGCACAGCUCCAGCAGCGGCUCGCUGUUCAACCCUCACGCCAGCCUGUCCACCUGCAGCACCCCGUCUGGCCAGCGGAGGCCGAUGCCACCCCAGAGUGCGUCCGUGGGGACGCUGAGAAGGAGCCGGACUCUGCACCACCGGCCCCCGUCCAUGGAGCCCCGGCGCCGAGCUAGCCAUCCCUCGUCCCCCAACUACUGCAGCGCCACCUUGCACCACUGUAGUGACAGUGGCCGGGGCAGCGCGGUCACUCCGGAGUUCCCGCAGGAAAGAGAGCUGGUCCACUCGCAUCCUGCCGACUUCGCCAAUGUCAUGCAGCCACAUGCACGGAUGGCCCCUCCUCAGGAGCACCACUACCCCACACACAGGGACCUGUAUGGGGACCAUGGCGCCAAGCCUCUGGCUGUCGAGUACCGCCAAGAUAGCAGGCCGGAUCAGAGUUACAUCGCCGAGCUUGCAGCGGCACGUGAGCGAGAGCGAGAGCGAGAGAGGGAAAGAGAGAGAGAAAGGGAGCGAGAGCGGGAGAUGGAAAGAGUGCGGGAACGGGAGCGAGAGCGGGAGAGGGAGCGGGCAGCCCGCUUCCACACCCUCGGUCACACGCCGUCCCAGUCGCAAGACAUCCACGAGACCUGGCCUAAGCCGGCUGUGCGGCAGGGCUCGGUGAGCGGCGGCGGGCUCUACAGCACGCUCGAGGCCCACAUGCCCGACCCCAGCUCACGGAAAGCCUCGUCAGGGAACCCGCGGGCGCUCCGCAACCAGCUCCUGCGGGACCGCGCCUCGCGGCUCGCCGACGAGCGCGGCGGCAUGAGCACGGACGAGGAGAGCGAGGUGCGCACCGGCCGCUACUGGAGCCGCACCGAGCGGCGCGAGCACAUGAUCCAGAGGCAGCAGCAGCAGCAGCAGCAGGCACGCUCCAGCGGAGGCCCCUGCGGCCAUGGUGGCGGUGGCGACGGCGGCAGCGGCAUCAGAGCCGGGGUCCUGGGUGAUGGACGCUGCAGCACCGUGCUGGAGCUCAGCCAGCGGAAGCUGAGCCGCCUGCGCAAUCGCAAGCUUCUGGACGACUGGACAACGGUGGAGGAGCUACUGACGCACGGCACGCGGCUGGGCAGCGGGGAGGAGAUCCUCUGCCCCAGCUCCCUGCUCACGGUCACCACUGUGUAGCACUUCUGGACACCUGUGAGAGUGAGUCUGUGUGCGUGUUUGUUUGUGUGUUUUUGUGUGUACUGCCUGCACCAAAUAUGGCUACCUCUUGUCCUUGGAAUCAAAACACACUUGCAAAACACAGUGAUGAUAAUAUGAUGAUGAUGAUUAUGAUGAUUUUGUCUAUUGCAAUCUAAAUGUUACAUUUUAUGCUAGUGCUUGUUUUAGCUCUUGUUAGCAAGAUCAGAGCGGUUUUUUGGAAUUGGAUUUUUAUUAAUAUUCAACAAUGAUGACAAUGAGGUGCAUUUUUACCAGAUGACUUAAGCAAUAAUGUGCUGCCAGGGUAUUUUAAAAUGAAAACUAAAACUAUAUAUUCACUUGUACUGCAGUACAUCUAAAACACCAACAAAAUCAAUCUAAAUAUAUCUAGCACCUUGAUCACUGUUGCACACUUUUAAUGGUGGUAGUAGUAAAAACGUUAAAUUAUAUUUAAUCGAUAAUCAAUAUUUUACUUUAAAUUUAAUUCCAUCCCCAAAUAUAAAAACUUAGCAUCUUGCAAAUAUGCACGAGGCAUUGCACAAACUCAUUGUCUGGUUUCCUGUGGUAUAACUGCAGUAGAUUCCAAAAGGUAUUUCGGGGAACACCAAAAGGUCAAACGCCCUGACAUUUAUCUCAAGCAAGACCAUCAUUACUUCCUCUGAAUCACGACUUCAUUUUCUUCAGGAAAAAAAGACAGCCUGAACUAUUUUUCCAAACUGACUGGUGGACGUACCACUGAGACAGUAACUGGAGGGACUGCGGCUGAUUCCUGAGUUGUAGCCUUAUGGAGGAAACUUGACUGCGAGUGUGGCUCAUUGGGGCAAACAGAGUGUUUUAGUGUUCUCUGUCAGAGGUUUUCCUUGUUUAUUUGUUUUUAGGAGAGUUUAAUUAACGUAACUGUGUACAGUAGUUUGAAAACGAACAAAAAAAGUAUUUUUCUCGUGCAAAUCACAAUUGAUGUCAUAAUAAGAAAAAAGGUACUUUUUUAUUAUUUGUAAAAAAAAAUUAAAUAGAAAAAGGAGUGAUGCAACAAUUUAUUCUAUGAAAAAUAAUUAAGUCAGAAGAAUUUACACUUACGUUAGGUUACUGAACUUGCUGUGGUACAGUAGUCUUUGUUUUACAUGUUUGCUCCUCCAGUAAGCUGUGUGCACUACUCCGAGGCACUUCUUAUGAGACUUACCAGGGACACUUACUUAGGGGCCAAUUUACACAUCUACUUACUCAUAUUUAUUGCAACACAUUUGAAUUUACAACAUCUACAACAUUUGAUUAUUUGUUGCAUGUUGAUAUACCAAAUAUGAAAAAAAAAAAGAACAUGAAUUUUUGGCCAGAAUAUGGUACAGAAAAUUUACUCUGUGAUCUCUUGUAAGACUACCAUCUACCGAAACUGUUAUUUUCUUUGGGUUGUUGUUAUGUUUUUCUGACAGUAUUUCAUGAAUGGUAAGUUGAUGCAGUGGGUGUUUGGCGUUACUUCCUGCGACUGUUUACAUCAUUCACACAUACUAUUUGUGGAACGCGGGCACACCUUGUUGCACUAAGAGCACUUGCAAAAGACACAAUUUCUCACCUUCCACCAAGAGUGACUCUUAUGUUUUGUUCAGAGGCAGAAAACAGAGUGAGCAACAGAUGCAUGUAGAGACAGAGAGAGGAAGACAGAAUACAAGAUCCUCACUCUCCCCGACACCAACCCCUCCGCCUUCCUCGGCCUCUUUAGGUGCACCACGUCAUUUUCACAAUGACUCAAGUGUUGUGAAUAAUGGAUGAAAAAGACGGGAUUUAGCGAUGCUUUGCGCAUGGAUCAGAGGUGCCCAAAAUAGCCCUUUCCUCUUCUUCAGAAAAAGAAAAAGCAACCCGCCCCUCCACACACCACCAUACUCCUUCAUCAGGCUCCAGGGCACGUCUUACUUAAAGUCUCCCCACUCUCUUCAGUCCCAAUCUUCCCCCAGUCUAUGUUGAGUUAACACUCUACAUAUCCAAUCUGUUCCGACUCUCUCUGCUCUUUUGUAAUGGCUUGUGUAUCUCUUAUUCUGAAACCAACGUCCCUUUUUUUCUUGGGGUAUGAUGUACAUGUGGUUGUAAUAAA